GUAUUUAAUUAGUUUUUUAUAGGAUAUUUUUUCUUAGAAUGCACAUACGAUAUUCCAUAUCAACGACCGACCGCAUACCAAACUAUAGAACCUUUCUGAUUGGUUGUCGCAGUUUUUCGCUGAUUGGCCUAACGUAGCCGGGGACGUUCGAGCAUGCGCGUGGUUAGAAUUUCAACUUGAUGCCUCCUGUGAACGCAGCCGAUGACGGUCAGUCAACAAAAGUUUGUAAUUCGAACGAAACUCACGGACAGUUCGGAGCAUGUGUCGCGUCGUGCAAGUUUUUAUUUUUCGUUUGUGUUUCAAAAUAAAAGUUUCUCAAUUGUGUUUUUCAUUUAAAUAAAAGAAAGUGUAAAAGAGUUUUGAAGAAAUUUAACGGUGUUGCCAGGUGUUACCAGGUGAAUGUGACCGUUUUGUGCUGCGUUACCUGGGACUUACCUGAAGGGACAACCUUCCGGAAGAAAGCAUUAAAACUUUAAUUUUUAUUCACAGUGUGUUUGUCUGCAAAUAAGUGAUUACUAUGAAUGUAAAAGCAAGUGUUUUGACAUUUGGAUUUUAAUAUUUCGAAAACGUACACGUGUUUACGUUUCCAAUAAUUAUCAUAUUGUGCAAGGUAUUCUGACAAAAAUCCGUGAUUCUAUCGUUGUGACGACACUUUUCGACCAAAUUUUUAUUCGGCAGUGAUUAUCAAGAUUUGUCUAUCAAAUCGAUAAAUUUUAAUGCAUACUACACGCGGAUAAAUAUAGUCGUAUAAAAAUGAAUAUCGCAACGAUAUGUCGUAAGAAAGCGUCGAACGAUACGUAACAUCGAAGGAAAACAAAGUUGCAGACGCGAUGCGAUAAUUUCGAAAAGAACGAGAAAAGGAAAGAAGACCGAAUGUUUGAGAAUCGAAUGCAAAACAUUACGGAUGCUUCAGUAUCGAAGAUUUUUCGAAAGAAGGAGGGACUACGAGUGCAAGUAAAAGGAAUGUUGUCUCACAGGUGUACGUCGUAAUGCUCUUUCGUUACGACCGUUGAAAGAAAACGUAAUCGAGGCUGAAUUGACCGCGUGAACUUAACAAAAAUGAGGAGAGCAUUAAGGAAUUGUUGGUAUUCGUUCGCGUAACUCAAUCGUGCGUUUGUAUGACGUUCUCGUAGUGAAGUGCGAAGGAAGUGCAAGUGGCAAGAGAGCGGUACAGCAAGAAUUUACCAAGUAAAACAUGGAGAUGCUGUGGAGAAAUGCAGUGGCGGACCUGUCGACCUUCCUGAGCACGAGGACGCGGAUUUUAUUUGCCGCUGUCUAUUUCAUUUGGAUCGCUGGAAGCGCCUGCGCCACUGAGACCCUCCAGGAACCGCGCUUCACCACUCAGCCUUCCAGUAGCGGCAAUAUUCUUAGCGAAAAUCGAACGAAAUUUCUGCAGUGUCAAGCGAGAGGAUAUCCUCAGCCAAAAUACAAGUGGUUCAAGGAUGGAGUGCCUCUCAGCAACGAGCUUACUUCGGAACCUUAUUUCCGAAUACAAAGUACACGCAGAGAAGACGCAGGAGUGUAUCACUGUGUCGCCACGAACGAUGUAGGAUCUAUAUUUAGUGAAAGAAUUACAUUUGCGGUAGCCUAUAUGGGGGUGUUCGAGGACCUCACAGAAAGGAUAGUAAGCGUAAAAUCGGGUAGCGCUGCUGUUUUAACAUUACCGCCGAUAGAAAGUCAUCCUGCACCUGACGUUACAUGGUUCGCAUCCGAUGGUUCGUUGUUAUACGGCAUAAAGUAUGCAUCCGUUCAUCACACGUUGCUUAUCUUGAACGCAUCUGAGAGCGAUCAGGGCCUGUACAGAGCAAGAGCCAUCAACACGCAAUUAGGCAAAGAGGAGAACAGUCCAUUCUUCAAACUACAAGUUACAGGGGAUGCGAAUGCUGAUGUGGCACCUGCUAUCAUAGUGAAACCACAGGACACACAGAUCAUCAAGGAUCAAGAUGUUACUUAUAUACAUUGUAUAGCAAAUGCUAGGUCGCUUCACGAGUUACGAACUUUAUGGACGAAGGAUGGGAUUCCUAUCGAGAACUCCAGAAUAUCUUAUAGCUUUAACGACUCGUGGAACAGAACUUUAGCAUUGAUGUCGGCAAAUAUAACUUAUACUGGCGUAUAUUCUUGCCACGUGGAUCUAAGGAGCGGUGGUUACCCUACGGUUAAUGCGAGUGCCAAAGUUGUCGUGUAUGAAAAACCAGCAUUUAUAACAGAAUUAAAAAGAGAGACUUUAAGUGACUAUGGAUCAACUGUAACACUGCCAUGCGAUGCUGUUGGUGUUCCUCCUCCUAACAUCAGCUGGUUCCGCAAUGCUGAGCCUGUUGACCAUCUUCUUGGAUCUAGGUAUGCAAUGGAAGAAGAUGGUUCACUGACAAUCAAAAAAUUGACUAUGGAUGAUUCAGGAAUGUUUCAAUGUCUUGCUGCGAAUGAAGUUGGCGAAGCAUCCAGUUACACUUGGUUAAAAGCUAAAAGAUUAGAAAGCAGAGUGAAAAACAGAGUUGUCCGCUGGGCAGCUGGCUACAAUGUAGUCAGAGUUCGCCAAUCUGAUCGCCGUUUUAUGUUCUCUCAGUAUCCAGACACAUCUGGACCAAUUAUGGAAAAUGGUCCACAGAAUCUUACUAUAUUAGAUGGAAAAGACGCAACAUUAUCGUGUAACGCUGUAGCGGCUCCAAUACCUAAUACCACGUGGAUUUAUAAUGAUACAAUCCCUGUGGAAAUCGCUGGAAGAGUACAGGUCCUGGAUAACGGUGAUCUUUUAAUUGCCGCUGUGAAACCAAACGAUGCAGGAAAAUAUACAUGCAUUCGAGCUAAUGAAGCUGGUUCUGUAAACGGUUCUGCAUACCUUACUGUUUUAGUUCGAACACAAAUUGUUCAACCACCUGUUGAUACUUCGGUUCUCCUCGGAUACACUGCGGAAUUACAAUGCAAAGUUUCCAACGAUCCAAGCGUUUUAUAUGAUAUAGCUUGGUUCCACAAUUCACAAGUCAUAAAUACGCAAGCCAGUCAAAGAGUAAAGAUGCGUAGCGAUGGGACAUUGGAAAUAGUUGCUGUCCGGGCUUCCGAUGUGGGCGAAUAUAUGUGUUCCGUGGUUUCUCCGGGAGGAAACGAGACUCGAUCAGCUCGUCUUAGUGUAAUUGAAUUACCGUUCGCGCCAAUAAAUGUCAUGGCAGAUCGAGUUGAACGGAUUUCUCCUCGUACUAUAAAUGUCAGUUGGGUACCAGGUUUUGACGGAAACAGUCCAACGAAGAAAUUUAUAGUUCAGAGGCGAGAGGUCUCCGAUCUCGGACCCAUACCCGAUUCAGCGCUAAAUUGGAUCACCGAGUGUGAUAAUGUUUCGGCACAAAGUCGUUGGGUAUUACUGAACAAUUUGAAAGCAGCGGCUGCAUAUCAGUUUCGAGUAAGUGCGGAAAAUAGUGUCGGUGAGGGACCUCCUUCAGAUCCAAGUAACGUAGUGGCUCUGCCUCAAGAACCCCCGAGUGGACCACCUGUUGGAUUUGUUGGUUCCGCUCGAUCCUCGUCAGAAAUAAUAACACAGUGGCAACUACCAUUGGAAGAAUAUCGAAACGGCCAUAUUUUAGGAUACGUGUUGAGGUAUAGGUUGUACGGUUACAAUGACAGUCCGUGGACGAUACAGAAUAUAACCAACGAAGCACAAAGAAAUUAUCUUAUUACCGACUUAAUUACGUGGAAAGAUUACAUUGUACAAAUAGCAGCAUAUAACGAUAAAGGGGUGGGAGUAUUCACCGAGGGUUUGAAGAUUAAAACUAAAGAAGGAGUACCAGAAGCUCCACCAACUAAUGUGAGAGCAAAGGCUGUAAAUUCUACGGCAAUUAAAGUGUGGUGGAAACCUCCGAAUCCACAAAAAAUUAACGGAAUUAAUCAAGGUUACAAAUUGCAAGCUUGGAUCGGCUCUAACUUUACAGAAGCAAACGAAUACAAGUCAAUGAGUGUGCCACCUAGCCUAUUUGAUCCUCUUGCGGAACAAAGUGCCAUUAUGACUGGUUUAAGGAAAUAUACAUUGUACAAUAUAACCGUGUUAUGCUUCACCGAUCCCGGUGACGGUGAAAGAAGUUCCCCCGUUCAAAUUCGUACACUCGAAGAUGUACCUGAACAAGUAGAAAAUUUACAAUUCGAGGAUAUAAGUGAUCGUGCCCUUACCGUUAAAUGGAAACCGCCAAAAGAAAUCAACGGCAUCCUCACCCUUUAUCAAUUGAAAUAUAUGAUCAAAGAUAUACCAGAUUCUUUAAGAGUUGAAAACUUUACAGCUAACGAUUUAUUAGCAAAAAUUGAACACUUGCAAGCAAUGACACAUUAUAAAUUCGAAGUCGUCGCUUGGACUUCGAUUGGUCCCGGGAAACCAAAAGUAGCCGUCAUUCAAUCGGGUGUCGAGCCUGUUCUUCCUGAACCACCGACUAAACUAGCAUUGUCAAAUAUAGAUGCAUUCUCUGUCGUUCUUCAAUUUACACCUGGGUUCGAUGGUAAUUCAUCUAUAACAAAAUGGACAGUGCAAGCACAAACUACCCGGAAUACCACUUGGUACAACAUAUACGAAGUCUCAGAUCCUGAUGCUAGUACAAUCACUGUAGGUGGCCUAAUUCCUUUUAUGCAAUACAAACUACGAUUAAUCGCAAAUAACGUUGUUGGUGCUUCUCAACCUUCCGAGCCUACGAAAGAAUUUCAAACGAUUCAAGCACCACCGUCACAUCCUCCUAGAAAUGUUACAGUUCGCGCAAUGAGUGCUACGGAAUUACGUGUCAGGUGGAUUCCCUUACAGCAAGUUGAAUGGUACGGUAAUCCGAGAGGAUAUAAUGUUACUUAUACCGAAGUUCGUACAAAUACGUCGAAAAGCAUAACAAUCGAGGACCACACAGCGAAUUCUUACAUUUUAGAAAAUGUGGAAGAGUAUGCUCUGUACGAAGUUGUGAUGCAAGCAUUUAACGAUGUCGGAUCAUCUACAUUAAGUCCUAAAGCUAUCGAAAGAACUCGUGAAGCAGUUCCCUCGAUGGGACCUGUUAACGUAGAAGCCAAUGCGACUUCUUCUACGACAAUAUUAGUGAGAUGGGGUGAUGUUCCUAUAGAACAUCAGAAUGGUCAGAUAGAAGGAUUUAAAGUUUACUAUGGCUCUAAUGCUAGAUCAGCAUUCCAAUACAAGAACAUUCCCAGCAAUACUACUUUUACGACAACUUUAACAGAACUUCGAAAAUUUGUUCAGUACCAUGUACAAGUUCUAGCUUAUACGAGGCUUGGUGAUGGAACCUUAAGUACACCACCAGUUAGAGUACAAACAUUUGAAGAUGCUCCUGGACCUCCGUCAAAUGUGUCGUUUCCUGAUGUAAGCUUUACCACUGCCCGCAUUAUUUGGGAUACGCCAGAGGAUCCUAAUGGCGAGAUCCUUGCUUACAAAGUAAUGUUUCAUUUAAAUAACAGUCAGGAUCAUCAGUUUUCUAAGGAAUUUCCUGCAUCCGAUAGAACUUUUAGAGCAACUGGGUUAGAGCCAGAAAAGUAUUACAUGUUUUCGGUAACUGCACAAACGAGAUUAGGUUGGGGUAAAACAGCAUACGCUAUCGUUUUCACUACAAAUAACAGGGAACGUCCUCAAGCACCAUCAAUGCCACAAGUGAGCAGAUCACAAGUACAAAGUAGACAGAUAACAUUUAGCUGGACACCUGGUCGUGAUGGAUUUGCCCCACUACGUUAUUACACAGUACAACAAUCCGAAAAUUCUGGACCAUUUCAAACGAUCCCCGAAAGGGUAGAACCGACUUUGACGUCUUAUACAGCAAAUAAUUUGAAACCGUUCACACUUUAUCAGUUUCGGAUACAAGCCACUAACGAUAUAGGUCCUUCAACUUGGAGCACGGAAUCUGUACAAGUCCAAACUUUACCAGCAGCACCUUCUAAGGGUGUUACUGGAUUGAAAGUUGUUCCAAUAACAACAUCAAGUAUAGAGGUUCAUUGGAAUCCAAUAGAUGAAGUAUAUUGGAGUGGAGAUCAUGAAACUGGUGGUUAUCGCGUUAUUUACCAGCCAGUUUCUGAUUUCCCAACGGCUCUUCAGGACACUCCGAAAGAAGAAAUAUUGGGGAUAAAAGCUGCAAAAAUUGUUUUGAGCGAUUUAACGGAAGAUAGGUAUUACGAGGUAGUAGUAUUACCUUUCAAUUCCGAAGGGGAAGGUCCAUCAAGUCCUCCGGUAACUGUGUACGUGGGAGAAGCAGUUCCUACAGGAGAACCACAACAUUUGAAAGCAGAACCGAUUUCUUCUACUGAAGUUCAGUUACGCUGGAAACCACCCCAAGCCAACAUGCAAAAUGGAGACUUAUUAGGAUAUAAAAUUUUCUAUUUAGUUACUGAUUCUCCACAAGAGCUGGAAAACAAACAAGAAGAAGAAAUAGAAGUUGUACCAGCAUCUUACUUAACGCAUAGUUUAGUAUUUCUAGAUAAAUAUACGGAGUAUCGCAUUCAAGUGUUGGCAUUUAAUCCUGCUGGGGAUGGCCCACGAACUCCACCGAUUACUGUUCGAACAAAAGAAGAUAUUCCUGGACCCCCAUAUAAUUUACAAUUCACUGAAAUUACAAUGACUAGUCUUCGUGUCUCUUGGGAAGCCCCGAAAUUACGAAAUGGCCAAAUAGUGGGCUAUAUUGUUACUUAUGAAACGGCAGAACAAAAUGAUCGAUUUAGUAAGCAAGUGAAACAGAAAGUAACAGAAACGAGCUUAUUAAUUCAACCUUUAGAAGAGGAAGAAACUUAUACUUUUAUGGUUCGAGCACAAACUAUCGAUUUUGGACCACCUAUAUCAGGAAAUGUCACAACGGGUCCACAAGAGGGUUCGCCGAUGGCACCCAGCAAUCUUGCUGUUACUAAGACUGUAUCCAGUGUUGAAUUACAGUGGACUAAUGGAGCUUCUGGAAAAGGACCUAUCCUUGGAUAUUACAUUGAAACGCGUCGAAAAGAUGACAGUCGUUGGCAGACAAUAGUACGCAGUAGUAAUGGUCCACUGACAGAGUAUUCUGUAUCCUAUCAAAAUUUACUUCCAUCCACAUCAUAUCUAUUCAGGGUAAUAUCAUACAAUCGCUAUGGAAUCAGUUAUCCUGCAUACUCCACAGAAACGAUACUAACUCCCUCAAAGUUGUAUCUGGAAUAUGCAUAUUUACAACAUAAACCAUUCUAUAGACAAACUUGGUUUAUGGUUACUUUAGCUGCUACUUCGAUUAUAAUCAUUAUAAUGGUCAUAGCGGUGCUAUGUGUGAAGAGUAAAAGUUACAAGUAUAAACAAAUUACUGUUUUAGAAGAAGCACAAAAGACACUUGAAGAGUCUAUGGCAAUGGAUACAGAUGAUAGACAGGAAUCUGAUUUAGAACUCUAUAGAUCAAGACAAGGAGGUGGUGGUGCUAUCAACAUGGCAAGUGCCUGUGGUACCUUGGGUAAAAGAAAUACUUUAGCAAGAAAAUCGAUGCAUCCUCCACCUCCUACAAUGUUAGGCAAAUCGCCUCCCAGACCUUCACCAGCCUCGGUUGCAUACCAUAGCGAUGAAGAAAGUCUUAAAGGAUAUGAUGAAAAUCCUGAUGAUAGUAGCGUUACGGAAAAACCUUCUGAAAUUAGUUCAACAGAUUCACAGGGAUCUGAAAGUGAAAAUGAAAGUGUACAAUCAGAUCCACAUUCCUUUGUAAAUCAUUACGCUAACGUCAACGAUUCCUUAAGGCAGUCAUGGAAGCGUCAAAAACCAGUUAGGAAUUAUUCAUCGUAUACUGAUUCUGAACCUGAAGGUAGUGCGGUUGUUAGUUUAAAUGGAGGUCAAAUUAUUAUGAACAAUAUGGCAAGGUCAAGGGCACCUUUACCUGGCUUCUCGUCAUUUGUAUAAGUUGUUCAUAAUAUAGUAAGAAAAGUUCUGUUCAAUGAAUAAGGGUGCCGAUUCAACGUAAUGACAUUCAUAAUCGUUAUUGAAUUUGAAAUUAUAUGAACGAAUUAAUAAUUUAGGAGAAAAAUUUGUUAAAUCACUAGACGUAUACAAGAAGAGACUGGUUGUUAAAAUUUUGAUCAAUUUCAUAGAGUAGUUAGGAUUUUAAUAGCUCGGCAUUAAAAGUACACAAAGAUGUACCAGAGUUAAAGACUUACGUUGAAACACAUAUUUACAAGUGUUUCACGCACGCAGAUACUUCGUAUAGUAAUUUUAAUAUGCUUCUGGCACCGUCAUAUUGUGAUAUAUUGAGAUACAUAUUAUUUAUAAUUUUAGAUAAGGUCAUGAUGUGUAUAAUGAAUAUUUUUUACUUUUAUUAAGUAAAGCUGAAACAAAAUAUUGCAUGGAUCUCGAAAAAUGCAAUGCUUAUGCAUUUUUUUUAACUGUAAGAAGGAUAUCCUAUUCAAAAUAAUCUGUCAACAUGACAGAUUAACAAUUUAGUAGCAUAAUAUUGUUAAUAAUAAACAAUAAUACAGUAACGAAAACUGCCAGAAACAACUACAUAAACGUUAACAUUAGAAACAAAUUAAUAUUUUAAUACCACAGUAAUAUGAAAACGAAUAUCAUAUUCUGUUUAGAACUUAUGAUAUACAUAUUUCACAAAUCGAACUGAUUGUAUUAUCACUUACAUGAAUGUUACAACCCGAAUGAAAAGAUGUUUACCACAUUUUUUAUUGUAACUUUCGAAUAUGUAUAUUACAAAACAAAGUUCUAAAUUAUAAAAUGUCAACUUAGAUGUAAAAGCACUUUACAAUCAGGCCUAUCAUAUCAAUUUUUGAUAAGUUUCAUAAAUUGAAGAUGCCUAAGUUUGAUAAUAUUACAAUACCGAAUAAACAGUACAUAGUAACUGUUUAUAUAAAAUGCGACUGCGUGCAUUUCUAUCGAUAAGUAAAUUUGUUUUUAAUAUUAUAGUGUAUGAUGUACAUAAAUCUUCUAGGAAUUAAAUACAAAAUAGUAGUAACAUAUUAGUAUGACACUUGUACAUUUAGUGCACAGCUUAGGCAACAUUAGGUAAAAAUUUAAGCCGAAUAAUCUAUAGUGCAUAAAGAUAUGUAUUUAUCUUCUUUAGAUACUUAUCAUUUAAAUAGAUUCUUGUCUGGAAUUAUGAAACGAGCAAUUUGACUUUAAUACAUUGACAUUUGCAUAUAAGGAAUUUAUGAAACUUGUUUAAUUUUUAAUAUCAUUAAUUCAUCUGUAGUAUAUACUAUAUUUACAGUAUUGCAAACUACUAUCAUAUAGAGGUUUAUCCGAUUUAGAAAAGUACAUUUUUUUACCAUAAAGCAUUUAUUUAAUGUAAUUAUUCUUUCAUACGAAAAGUAUUUUAAAUGUAAAAACAUUUCAGACUGAUAUUAAUACAUAUUUGAAAUGUUUCCCAGUUUCUAGCAUUAAUUUUACGGUGAAGAAACGAAAUGACGAAAAGUUGUAACGAAUGUAAAACUAAUUUUUUGACAAUAUAUGCUAAAAUUUAUAAAUUUAUUAUUAAAAAUGUGAAUUAAAAUAAAAUGAAACGAAAACAACUAGAAAUUUAAAGUGAUGGCAGCUAUAAUUAUUCUAUCAUAUUCGAUAGAAUAAUUACUUAGUAUAAUUUGUUGGUAAAAUACGAGCGAUAAAUAUCUAUUAUUGAUUUCAGAUACAGCUGUAACAUCAGUUACUAUUUAAAAAUCAUGAUUAUGUAUCAUUAUCAUUAUCAUCAUCAUCAUGAACUAGAGAGCAAGUUAUUUAUUAAAUAUUUGCUUCUUGUAUCUAAAAUUUUGUUCAUUGCACCACACAACUUGCUUUCUAGUUUGAUUCCUUUUAAUUAAAAUUAUUGUUUGUUAAUGUCAGUCAUUGAUCAUUACCAUCAUGUGUCAUAAAUAUUCUUUUAUAUUCUCAAAAAUGUAGAAUUGAAUUAUUUUUACAACACUGCCAAUAAA